AUGUUAGAUCUCCUCUCAAAAGUGACUGGUUCUGAUCACGGACUUGGUGUGGUGUCAUACUCAGGAGCAUCAUCUGAUCUUUUUCUUCAGCUUCAUUACUGCUCAACAUUCCUUACUCGAAGAAAACGUGUGUUUAUUAUUACUACUCAUCAAACAGAACAAAAUUAUAGGUUGAUUUUUGGGAAGCUAGCUUUGCGUUGGGACCCUUCUUUGAUAACUGUUUUGGAGUUGGAUAGUCUACUCGGAGAUGGGUUCCGAGUCGAUGCGGACAAUCUUGUGAAAGUACUGAAUGAGCUUCCCUUUGGAGAUCCGCCUCCAUCUCUCGUUAUUUUUGAUGAUGUAUCUGUUUUGGAACGACUGGGAAUGCAGCCGUAUUCAGUUGUUUGUCUUUUAUUUAGGAUGUACAGUCGGUUAGAAAAUGAUGGUUUAUUGCUGGCGACGUUUUCAAUGAAGACGAAGGCGUAUUCCAUGUUAAUUACUAAAGUAGAUUUCAACAUAGACAUUACUCCUAUAGGAUUAGGUUAUGGCAAGGAUGUGAGUGGAAAAAUGGAUAUAAAUGUUCAUGGGAUAGCUCCUACGCCUACGACAUCUCAGUUGCUAUUUUUAACCGGAGAUCGAUCUAUAAAAUGUUUUUAUCCAGGAGGGAAUUCAUUUUUAACACCUUGUUUCGCCAAAAUGAGCAACCGCAGGAGGCAUGCCAGUGAUGAUUACGAGAUAGACGCGAAAAGACGCCGUCCAUUACCAGAGUAUGACGAAGUUGAACGAAGGCUUCAAAACCUCAUCAUAAGAGUAGAUGAAAGCAGCGCAACAUCCUCAUUAGAGAGUAAUAUGGAGAGUUUAUGUUCGCUUCUGGAGGCAGACUUGGAUAAAUACAGAACAAAAAUAAUUGAAAUUAUUACAUUUUGCGUAUGUCAAUUACCUGAUAAAAUAACAGUGUAUUCGACAUUGGUUGGUCUUUUGAAUGCAAAAAAUUUCAAUUUCGGUGGAGAGAUAGUGGAAAAAUUGGUCUCAGAUUUACAAGAUAAACUUGAAGCAGAGGACUAUCAGCAUGCAAUGCAUAUUAUCACAUUUCUUUGCGAUCUCGGCAAUAGUCGUGUUCUUACGUUGGGUUCAAUUAUUGAGUUCCUCGAAGGCUUACUGCAGUCUGCGUUCGAAGAAAACGUACCGCAAGCACGCACAGAUUGGUUUGUUUAUGUUGUUCUACGUGUACUGCCUUGGAUUGGCCUUGAACUGAGCGAAAAAAAGAAGGACGAACUUGAUAAUAUCCUUGAAGGUGCUACCAAGUACAUAGAAGGAAGAAGGAAGCUACAUGUCAAGAUGCUUCAAGUAUGGAGUUCGAGCACACCUCACGAGCAGGAAGACUAUUUGGAUUGUCUCUUGGCACAAGUGAAAUCAUUGCGAAGUAAUGACUGGAAAGAAAAACAAAUCCCAAGACAUUACGUUGCUUUUGAUGCCGCUUUGCAGGACGCACUGCAACACAACCUGCCAGGUUUCUCUCCGCCCGUCCACAAAGACGAUUCCAAUUAUCCACUACCUAUGGUGGUUUUCCGACUUUUCGAUUAUGCAGAUUGUCCUGAAGAUGGUACCGUCCUUCCUGGUGCACAUUCCAUUGAACGAUUUUUAAUAGAAGAGGAAUUGAAUUGGAUUGUCGAUUUUAAUGCUGCUGAUAGGAAAAUUUGUGCGGAGGAGUUAACAAACUACGCUCGUGGAGCUAACGUUCCUAUUUCUUACAUGAUACUGGAGGUGCUAUUUUCCCAACUCUUUCGCCUUCCACAUCCUCCGCAGCCGACUGGAUUUUACGGCCCACUGCUUCUGGACUUGUGCAGAUUGCAGUCAUCAACUAUGCCACAGGUCUUGGCACAGGCUUCAGAACUUUUGUAUCAGCGUGCAGCUACUAUGCAGCCUCUGUGUCUUGACAGGUUUGUGGAUUGGUUCAGCUUCCACUUAUCCAAUUUCGGCUUCCGUUGGUCAUGGAAUGAUUGGAAAGAUUGUCUUACUGCUGAUCGGUGGGAUGCAAAACGGAUUUUCGCACGCGAAGUUAUUGAGAAAUGUCGUCGCCUUUCGUACUAUGGUCAGCUGAAGGAAUUCCUACCGAAGUCGUUCGCUUCAAUGAUUCCUCCUCCGCCGGAUGUUGUGUGCAAAUUUGAUGAUGAAGAACAACCUGGUCACGAAGCUGCCGUGAAAUUUGUCGACAUGAUAGUUGCUCGUGCCGAUGACAACGCAAUAAUGGCCGAAAUGCGUGAACCAGAUGGCCGUUACGAUCCUGACAUGUUUGGGAUUUUCUUCGCUGUUCUCUUAAAAACCGCUGCGAAGUCGUUCAGUCACACUUUCGUUGCACUUUCAAGAUAUAGCACCACAUUAAAAACAGUGGCUGACACUUCUGAUGAAAUGCAGGAAGUGCUUCUUUGUUGCCUGUUUCAGUGCUGGAAAAAUAAUCAUCUGCGAAUUAUUAUAUUGGUCGACAAAAUGCUUAAAAUGCAAAUUUUGGAUUGUGGAGUUGUGAUAUCGUGGAUCUUUAGUGAAAGCCUCAGAAGCGAAACGGAUCGGCAGUGGAUAUGGGAAGUACUGAACACGGCUUUGGAGCGACUGUCUCGCCACAUUCAUAAAGUGGCUCAUGAUGUGAAGAUUUUGCAGAGAAGGGUGGAUCGUCAAAAGACUGAGAAUGAAGAGAUGGAGGAGGUUGGUACGAAAACUCGUGAACAAGAGGAACUGGAUCAGCAACAAGAAAAACUUGAGAAUUUGAAGGACUUCCAGAAAUCUUUGUUCCUUGACGUUUUGCAUAAAUUCACGGUUUUGCUGACUGAAUUCAUAGUUCACAGUGAAACGGAAGGGACAGACUUUCGUACCGCAUAUUUUGCAUGGAUCAAUGGACGUUUCAAGCAAAUCUUCCUUAUGCAUGGUACCGAUUUGCACGAAUUUACGGGUGAUCUCCGACGUGAGUUGUUCUCCAGCUCCGACAUUGAUCCCAACGUUCUUGAGACAUUCCACCAGUUUGUAGCUCUUCGUGAGUGA